UUUAUUUUUAGGACCAUGGCAUCUGAGGAAGUGAAUCGUAAUACAAUAACAGUUUCUUCCGAAGAGACUGGUCAAUCUGUUAGCAGUACAUCACAAAGUGCAGGUAAUAGCAGAGAUGCAAAUUCGACAAGAUCGCAUGAACAAGGAAGUCGACAGAGUAAUCUUCUACGAAUACAACAACGCAAGCAGCAAAUAUUUAAUUGGCCACAAAUCAAGAAGUUACUGAAGCUCUCGACUUAUAGCGCUUGCCAAGCAGCUGAGUGCAAGUGUACCGGCUGGAAAAAUGCACAACCUAUCAUCAAGUCACAAAGGAGCGAUGUUCAGCAACAACCAAUUAUCAAUUUUUUGAACCCAUGUAAAACAUGUGCUCAUGCUUUAGAAAAUCAUAUCACACACCUAAAGAGCCAAACUGAAGAAAAACUCAAUAAAUUGUUGAGUAUGGCUAUUGAUGCUGAUAAUCUUUUCAUGGGUACACACAGAGAGGAGGAUGACGAUACUAAGAAAAUAUACUUUUAUUUGUACACCUUAUUGAGAAAGUCUAUUUUGUCAAUGACAAAACCGAAUAUAGAAGGCCCAUUAGGACAUCCGCCAUUUGAGAAACCCAGUAUAGCGAAAGCAGUGAUGAAUUUUGUGUUGUACAAAUUCAGUCAUCUUUCCCCGAGGGAAUGGCAAGCUAUGUGCGAAAUGGCAAAGAUGUUUUUGCACUGUCUGAAUCAUUGGAACUUUGAAGCACCAAGUGCUAAAAGGACAAUCAGUGUGGAACGAGCACCUGCUUACAAAAUUAAUUAUACCCGCUGGCUAGUCUUUUGUCAUGUACCCGCGUUAUGCGACUCCUUCCAACAUCACGACACUCCUGUAGCCUUCGGCAAGACCCUAAUGCAAGCUGUAUUUAAAUCAGUUUGUAGCCAGUUAAUUGACAAGUGCCACAGUGAGAGAGACAAAAUAACGCCAGAGAAGCGGGUUCUAGUCUUAACGCAUUUCCCCAAGUUUCUCUCUAUGUUGGAAACGGAGGUUUAUUCCGACAAUUCACCUAUCUGGGAUCCCGAAUUUAAGCAACAACCGCCACCUCAUCUGCAAGCUGCCUUGGAAUCGAAGGGACAUCAGGCGAGGAAAGCAGGAGAAUUCGAGAAGGUCACCGUCACGUUAAAUGAAAAGGAUAACUACACAACGAUAAAUAUCAGUCCUGGGGUAAAGAAGCUUCACGAGAAGCGUUGCCAUUCCGAGUCAGGGCGUUCCGACUCGAAGAGACGGAAAACCGAAGAGGCUUUUGAGGAUCUACCGAACGAGACUAUCGCAAAGAUCGUUGCGACUAUCAAUAACCCGAAUUAUAUGUGCGGCCCCGAUAUGGUAUUCCCACCUGAUGUUCCACGCGAUGAAACCGCUAAAAUUGAGGAGAGCAGAAAGAUAAUAGAGUUUCACGUUGUUGGGAACAGUCUCACUCAGCCCGUGUCUAAACAAACUAUGCUCUGGCUGAUAGGAUUGCACAAUAUAUUUAGUCAUCAGUUAGUUAGAAUGCCCAAGCAUUAUAUAUCCCAAUUUGUUUUUGAUCCGAAGCACAAGACGUUAGCCUUGAUAAAAGGUGGGCGGCCGAUUGGCGGCAUUUGCUUUCGCAUGUUUCCAACGCAAGGAUUUACCGAGAUAGUCUUUUGCGCGGUUACGAGCCAAGAGCAAGUGAAAGGCUAUGGGACUCAUUUAAUGAACAUGCUGAAAGAUUAUCACAUAAAAAAUAACAUACUGCAUUUCUUAACGUUCGCGGACAAGUUCGCUAUCGGAUACUUUAAGAAACAAGGAUUUAGCAAAGACAUCAAGCUACCCAAGUCGGUUUAUAAUGGAUACAUCAAGUACUACGUAAGCGCGAUGUUGAUGCAUUGCGAGCUGAACGCGAAGAUCGUGUAUACCGAAUUCACAUCAGUCAUCAGGAAGCAAAAGGAAAUCGUUAAGAAGCUGAUUCAUCAGAAGCAGCAGGAAAUACCGAAGGUGCAUCCGGGCUUGACGUGUUUCAAGGAGGGUGUAAAGGGUAUCCCCAUCGAGUCUAUCCCAGGGAUUCACGAGACUGGUUGGAAAAGUUCUGCUCAAACCAGAACAAGAGGUUUGACAAAGGGAUCGCAAGGUCCGGAAUCAAUAGACCCCAGCCAGGAUAUGGCGGAUUCUUUGUACAACUCGUUAAACAGCGUUCUCAACAGUGUCAAGAAGCACAGUACAGCCUGGCCCUUUCUCAAACCUGUCGACAAGAACGAUGUUCCGGAUUACUAUGAUCACAUAAAGUAUCCUAUGGAUCUCAAGACUAUGUACGAUCGUCUGAACGCGAAAUACUAUGUAACGAAGAAAUUGUUUAUUGCGGACAUGAUGCGCAUCUUUACAAACUGUAGAUUAUAUAACAGUCCUGACACUGAGUAUUAUCGUUGUGCCAAUUCCUUGGAGAAAUACUUUCAAACGCGUAUGAAGGAGGCUGGUCUAUGGGAUAAGUAAAACGCUCUUGAGAAUGUUGCUAUAAUAACGUUGGCAAUUGACACUUCCUAAUUUAUUCUCACUACUUGAAGUCCAUUUGUUUAACAGUGAAUAUCUGUGCACAUCACUGUGAUACUGCUUUUUGUGCAGUAUUUGUACAAAGAUAAAAUAAUAUCUAUCUGUGUGGAGGUGCACGUUGGAAUAAUUGAGAAAGAGGGGAAGAGGAUCAUUAGGAAUAUAUUUGAUAUUUCGCCAUGAGCUGUGCAUAAAAUCUCUGGAAACUUAUGCACAUGUAAUAGCCAAAAGAAUGUUUUUUCAAGUUAUUCAGACUGUUUAAUCCUUCUCCGAAUGCUUUCUAUCCUGAUGUGCAUCUUUUGUUAAUUAGAGAGAUAUGUAUGUAUGUAUGUACAUAUGGACACAUAUGUAUAUAAGUGUAUAUAACUACAAAGUGGUGGAUGUCGCUUGUCUAAUUUCCAUCAAGUAUUUUAUAUAACAUGACUUGUGAAUGUGCAGUUGUAUGUAUGUGAUAUUUUUACUACCAGCACCAUGUCGUUAAAAAUAUUGGAAAUGGUUUUUGCGCUAAAACCUCAGAUUGGACAGGAUACUUAACUUUGCAUCUUAAUUAGUUGAACAAUUAAUUUGUUAACUAUAAUACAAUGAUUGUGUAACAAUGUUCUAAUAAGUGAUUAAUUUAUACGAGACUACUCACAGUAACAUAUGCUGGUUUGUAAAAUAUCAUUUUGAUGAAAUAAAGCUUGUUAUCCGCAAACAAUGAAAA